CCAUCUCUUCUGCUCGUAGAAUCAACGCUGAGCAGAUCAGAAGAGCGAGAGAGAAGGGAGAGGACGAGCGCUAAAGAGAGGGCUGCCCCCGUCCACUUGACCAACUGGAGGACUCCAGACUUCCACAAAACUUAUGGCUGCAUGAGAAAUCCCGUUCUUCUUCCCCCGCUCUCUCUCUCUUUUACCGGGAUCUGUGGGCUACCAAUUCUCUCCUGAUCACAAGUUGUCACAGAGUUUUUUUCUUCCAGUCGCUCUAAAGAAAUAAUCGAUCCACAUUUACUGUGGACGUCCCGCGACGGCCAUGGAUACCCACAUAAGAUGGAAAGUUAAAAGGAGGUUAAGGGACGCGCAACUCACUCUAGCGAUAAUUAUAUUUUUUGUCACUUCAGAAGCCCGUUCAGCAGAACCUGCGGAUCUCUUGAAGAUUUUAGAUUUUCACAGUUUGCCUGAGGGUGUAACGAAAACCACGGGAUUCUGCUCGCAUAGGAAGUCCGCGAAAGGCCCCGACGUGGCCUACAGAGUAACCAAAGAUGCCCAGCUCAGUACCCCUACCAAACAGCUCUACCCUGCUUCUGCGUUUCCGGAGGACUUCUCCAUCCUGGCCACUGUGAGGCCGAAGAAGGGCAGCCAGGCCUUCCUGCUGUCGCUGUACAACGAGCAGGGCAUUCAGCAGCUGGGCCUGGAGGUUGGACGCUCGCCCGUCUUCCUGUAUGAGGACCACACAGGCAAGCCCGGCCCCGAGGACUACCCGCUCUUCCGGGGCAUCAACCUGUCCGACGGAAAGUGGCACCGUGUUGCAAUCAGCGUGCACCAGCAGACCAUUACGCUCAUCCUGGACUGUAAGAAGAAGUUGGUACGCACCCUGUCGCGCUCGGCGCACCCCAUCAUCGACACCAAGGGUAUUGUGGUAUUUGGCACACGUAUCCUGGAUGAGGAGGUCUUUGAGGGUGACAUCCAGCAGCUGCUGGUUGUGUCCGACCACCGUGCAGCCAUGGAUUACUGUGAGCAUUACAGCCCCGACUGUGAGGUGGCCGCCCCGGAACAGCCCCAGAACCAGGACCCCAACACUGACGAAUACAACACAGAGGAGGACAGCUACUACUACGAGUACCCCUACUACGAGGACCAGGACAUGAAGGCUGAGGACGGCACCGCUGCACCUGAUGAGGAGCUGACUGUCGAAGGUGGAGACCGCAUCAUAACCUCCGUCACCUCUGUGGGUGGAGGCGCAAGCUCAUCCAGCAGCAGCAGCACGGGCAGUAGCAGUAGCCGAGGGGCCGCCGAGUCACACACCGACACCGGCGCCGGCGCCUCGGACACCUAUGAGGGGUACGAGGACGGCUACGACUCCUACUACGACGAGGCCAGCCCUGCACCGGACACCAGCAGCAGCAGCAGCAGCUCCAGCUCCAGCCACCGGGUCACCAUCACCGGCGCCGGCACGGACACCGAGCUGGACCUGGGCUUGGGCGGCAAGGUGGACCUGGGAACCGGAGCCGAGGUGGAGAGGGUCAUCACCACCGGAGGAGGAGCUGGCAGCUCAAGCACCAUCACCAGGAUCAUCAACAGCACUGCCGUGGCUGGUGGCGAGGGCUACGAUGACGGCUACGGCGAGGGCUACGACUCGUACUCGUACGGCGAGGGCUCAGACUACAGCGUUGGCACCGGUGGCGGCAGUAGCAGUAGCAGCAGUAGCCAUGGCGGCGGCUCCAGCAGCAGCAGUCACACCAUCACCAUCGGAGGUGGCGCCGCCGGAGGAGGAGGAGGAGGAGGAGCAGGAGGAGCAGGAGGAGCAGGAGGAGCAGCAGGCAACGGCAGCUGGAGCACGGUCACCAUCGGAGGCGGCUCUGUGUCGGCGGGAGGCGGCUCUGUGUCGGCGGGAGGCGGCUCUGUGUCGGUGGGAGGCGGCUCUGUGUCGUCGAGAGGCGGUGGUGCCAGCGCGGGGGCAGGUGCCGGGGCUGGCUCAGUCGCCACGGGAGCAGGACAGGGUGGCCUAGGCGCAGAGAUGGAUUACGAGGAUCUGGACAUUAAGGAUUACGACGACAAGGAAAUUAAAGACAUCUAUGAGAGCUACCCCGACUACUACACAGACGCGGACAAGGAUACACUGCCCGCCGUGACCGAGUAUGGACAAGGACAGGUGGAUGGAGCCAGGGGAGAGAAGGGACAAAAAGGAGAGCCUGCUGUCAUUGAGCCUGGAAUGCUGGUGGAGGGGCCACCUGGUCCUGAAGGCCCAACUGGUCUGCCCGGUCCCCCAGGUUCCAGUGGCCCUCCGGGCAGUCCCGGAGAUCCAGGCGAGAGGGGCCCAAAUGGUCGCGCUGGUCUUCCUGGUGCUGAUGGUCUACCAGGGCCCCCUGGGACAGUCUUGAUGUUGCCUUUCCGCAUGAGCUCUGGAGAUGGAGGUAGCAAGGGUCCAGCUGUGUCCGCUCAGGAGGCCCAGAUGCAGUCCAUGAUGCAACAAGCCAGACUUGCCAUGCGUGGCCCCACUGGCCCUAUGGGUCUCACAGGUCGCCCAGGACCACUGGGUCCUAGUGGUCCUCCCGGACUGAAGGGAGAGUCUGGUGAAUCUGGUCCACAGGGUCCUCGUGGUCCUAUGGGCACCUCUGGACCUUCAGGAAAGCCUGGCCGCAGGGGUCGUGCUGGUGCUGAUGGAGCCAGAGGAAUGCCUGGCCAGACCGGUUCCAAGGGUGACAGGGGUUUCGAUGGCCUUGCUGGACUUCCCGGAGAGAAGGGACACAGAGGUGAAUCUGGACCUCAGGGACCACCAGGGCCACCAGGAGAGGAUGGAGAGAGAGGAGAUGAUGGAGAUAUCGGACCUAGGGGACUUCCAGGUGAAUCUGGACCUCGUGGUUUGUUGGGACCUAAAGGACCUCCAGGGGCCCCUGGACCUCCUGGUGUGACUGGAAUGGAUGGCCACCCCGGACCCAAAGGAAACAUUGGACCUCAGGGAGAGCCAGGACCUCCAGGACAGCAAGGCGGCCCUGGUGCUCAGGGACUACCAGGGCCUCAGGGAGCAAUUGGAGUACCUGGAGAGAAGGGUCCAACUGGAAAACCAGGUCUGCCCGGUAUGCCAGGAGCUGAUGGCCCACCAGGUCACCCAGGCAAAGAGGGCCCAUCUGGAGAGAAAGGACAUCUGGGACCAUCUGGUCCUCAGGGCCCCAUCGGAUAUCCUGGACCCAGAGGAGUGAAGGGAGCUGAUGGAGUCCGUGGCCUGAAAGGACACAAGGGUGAAAAGGGCGAGGACGGAUUCCCAGGCUUUAAGGGAGACAUGGGUAUAAAGGGCGACCGGGGAGAGCUCGGACCUGCUGGACCCAGAGGAGAGGACGGUCCUGAGGGACCCAAAGGAAGGUCAGGUCUCCCUGGAGACUCUGGUCCUCUUGGAGUAAAUGGAGAAAAGGGUAAAUUGGGUGUGCCCGGGUUGCCAGGUUACCCAGGAAGACAAGGACCAAAGGGUUCUCAGGGAUUCCAAGGAUUCCCAGGCGCCAAUGGAGAUAAGGGCACCAGGGGAACAGCAGGCAAGCCAGGCCCAAGAGGUCAGAGAGGACCAACGGGACCACGUGGAGAGAGGGGACCCAGGGGUCCAACAGGAAAAGCUGGACCAAAGGGUAACUCAGGAAGCGACGGCCCCCCAGGACCUCCCGGUGAACGGGGUCUGCCAGGGCCUCAGGGUCCAACUGGAUUCCCCGGACCAAAGGGACCCCCUGGGCCAGCUGGGAAAGAUGGACUGCCCGGACAUCCAGGACAGAGAGGAGAGACUGGUUUCCAAGGCAAGACUGGACCUCCAGGACCUCCUGGUGUGGUUGGACCUCAGGGCCCCACAGGUGAGACUGGACCAAUGGGAGACCGAGGGCACCCUGGACCCCCAGGCCCUCCAGGUGAGCAGGGUCUGCCAGGAGCUGCCGGAAAGGAAGGAGCCAAGGGAGAUCCAGGUCCUGCUGGCCCCUCUGGUAAAGAUGGUCCACCUGGCAUGAGAGGCUUCCCAGGAGAACGUGGUCUUCCAGGUGCAACGGGAGCCGAUGGUCUGAAAGGAAGCGAGGGACCCCCUGGUCCACCUGGCCCUGCUGGCUCUCCUGGUGAGCGUGGUCCUGCUGGCCCAGCUGGACCCACUGGUCUGCCAGGUCGGCCUGGACCGCAGGGACCUCCCGGUCCCACUGGCGAGAAGGGAGCACCAGGAGAGAAAGGACCCCAGGGCCCUGCUGGUCGCGAUGGCAUCCAGGGACCAGUAGGCCUGCCCGGGCCUGCUGGACCUCUCGGACCCCCUGGAGAGGAUGGAGAUAAGGGAGAGCUUGGUGAGCCUGGACAGAAGGGAAGCAAAGGAGAGAAAGGAGAACAUGGUCCCCCUGGUCCUACUGGACCACAAGGUCCCGUUGGUCAGCCCGGUCCAUCUGGAGCGGACGGCGAGCCCGGACCCAGAGGUCAGCAGGGUCUGUUCGGUCAGAAGGGAGACGAAGGCUCCCGAGGAUUCCCCGGACCUCCAGGUCCCGUCGGUCUACAGGGUCUGCCAGGACCUCCAGGCGAGAAGGGAGAGACUGGUGACGUGGGUCAGAUGGGUCCCCCUGGUCCUCCUGGACCCAGAGGCCCUGCCGGACCCACAGGAGCAGAUGGACCCCAAGGACCUCCAGGUGGCAUCGGUAACCCCGGAGCUGUUGGAGAGAAGGGUGAUUCCGGUGAAGCAGGAGAGCCCGGACUGCAGGGAGACCUCGGUCCUCCGGGUCCAAGAGGCGAGCGUGGAGAGAAGGGAGAAGGUGGUCCUGCUGGAGCUGCUGGACCUCCCGGUCCCAAAGGCCCACCCGGAGAUGACGGUCCUAAAGGCAGCCCUGGUCCAAGCGGUUUCCCUGGUGAUCCUGGUCCUCCUGGCGAGCCUGGUCCCGCUGGUUUGGAUGGAUUACCUGGUGACAAGGGUGAUGACGGAGAGGCUGGUCAGCCGGGUUCCCCUGGACCCACUGGUGAGGCAGGUCCUUCUGGACCACCAGGAAAGAGGGGUCCGCCUGGACCUGCUGGGCCUGAGGGAAGACAGGGAGAGAAAGGAGCCAAGGGUGAGUCUGGUCUGGACGGUCCUCCUGGAAAGACUGGCCCAGUUGGACCUCAAGGUGCUCCUGGCAAACCUGGUUCUGAGGGUCUGAGAGGCAUCCCCGGUCCAGUGGGAGAACAAGGUCUUCCCGGUUCCCCCGGCCCUGAUGGACCACCAGGACCCAUGGGUCCUCCCGGCCUGCCAGGACUGAAGGGAGACAGUGGUCUGAAAGGUGAAAAGGGUCACCCAGGUCUUAUUGGAUUGAUCGGACCGCCCGGAGAACAGGGAGAGAAGGGAGACCGAGGCCUGCCUGGACCCCAGGGUCAAUCCGGACCUAAAGGAGACAAUGGUAUUGCUGGCCAAACCGGUCCUCUGGGCCCCAUCGGACCCCCAGGAUUGCCUGGUCCUCCUGGCCCCAAGGGAGCCAAGGGCUCUUCUGGUCAAACAGGUCCUAAGGGAGAAUCUGGUGUUCCUGGGCCCCCUGGUCCUCCUGGUCCUCCCGGCGAUGUCAUCCAUCCUCUGCCUAUGAUGCACAGCCCCAAGCGUGCCAAGAGGAACAUCGACGCCAGCCAGCUGAUGGACGACGACGCCAACUAUAAGGAUUACGACGAUGGCAUGGAGGAGAUCUUUGGCUCGCUCAACUCCCUGAAGCUAGAGAUCGAGCAGAUGAAGCACCCGCUGGGCACCCAAACAAACCCCGCCCGCACCUGCAAGGACCUGCAGCUCUGCCACCCAGAAUUCCCCGAUGGUGAAUACUGGAUCGAUCCCAAUCAAGGCUGCUCACGUGAUGCCUUCAAGGUCUACUGCAACUUCACCGCAGGAGGCGAGAGCUGCAUCUUCCCCGACAAGAAGAGCGAAGGGAGCAAAAUGGCUCGCUGGCCCAAAGACUCCCCUGGCACUUGGUAUAGUCGCUACAAGCGCGGUUCUCUGCUCUCGUAUGUGGAUGCGGAGGGUAACCCCAUCGGCGUGGUGCAGAUGACCUUCAUGCGGUUGCUCAGCGCCACAGCCCGCCAGAACCUCACAUACAACUGCUACCAGUCGGUGGCGUGGCACGACCCGGACUCGGACUCGUACGACAAGGCUGUCCGCUUCCUGGGCUCCAACGAUGAGGAGAUGUCUUACGACAACAACCCCUACAUCCGAGCUGUUGUGGACGGGUGUGCGUUGAAAAAGGGCUAUGAAAAGACUAUUCUAGAGAUCAGCACACCGAAGGUGGAACAGGUACCUUUCGUAGACAUCAUGUUCAACGACUUCGGCGGAGCGACACAGAAGUUUGGCUUCGAAGUGGGACCUGCCUGCUUCAUCGGCUAAGACUGUUCUCUGAACGCCCAAAGAAAAAAAAGAAAGAAAAACACACACUCACUCACAAUCUUCUCAUUCUCUCAGAAACUUAACAUGAGAAAGAAUUCUGACUUAUUUGUAAAGUAUUUGUGUCUCCAUGCAAAGAAACCAACAAAAAAAAACAUGUAUUACACAAUAUCAAGAUAACAAUAAAAAUCAAAUUGGGAAAAAAAAUAAAGGAAGAAAAAAUUCUAUAAUAAAAAAAUGCUAAAAAAAAUCACAGCAACCUUGUAACCUCAGUUUACCCUCUCCCUCACAUGCAAGUUUUGAAACUGGAUGAGACCCACGCUAGCUAGCUCCACCUGUCUGUCCCCGUGACCUCUGGCCUCUGACCCCCAUCUCACCUUUCACUUUUUGCCAUGACCCUUGGCCUCCUCCAUCUCUCCCUCCAUCCCCUCUACUCUCCCAUCCCCUCCACCAUUCCUCCGCUAAGGCCCAGUCUCUUGCUCCCCCAGCCGCAAGGCCAGGACUGGUCAUCAGCACGCUGGUCUCUUUCCAUGUGAUGUGGCCAUUUUCUUCCUUCAAUCUGGUCCCAGUUCCCUCCCCCUUUCCCUCGUGCGUCUGUCCUGUGUGCAGUCAUUCAUUCUUGCUAUGCUUUUGUUUUGUGCAUAAUUCUCUCCCCAUUCUUUUGAAUGGUGCUUAUUAUAUAAAUAUAUAAAUAUUUUUUGUAUGUUUGUAAGUACUUUCUGUAUAUUUUUUUCUGAUAAUGUGUCUGUGUUUUUUAUAUUUCUGGCUUCAAAACGUGCAUGUGAUAAAUGGAAGAUGAGGAAAAGAGAUGCUGUUCCCCUCCCCCCUCUAAAACCACUCUGAAUUGGAUGUGACCGCCCAAAUAAAACAAGAAACUAAGGUGGUACUGUCUUGUUACCAGUGUAAAGCACGUCUUAAUUGUAAUUUAACAAAUCAAAAAGAGUGACAAUAAAAGUCAGAAAAAAGCACACGAAGCAAUGAUGUGAGCAUUGAUUUGCCCGAAAGAAAGAAAGGUUUUUUCUCCUGGUGGAAAGCAAUCCUGGGCCACCGUGCGCUCAGAGGUAGACCAGGAGUCGAGCGGACAUCAUCAGCCUGCGGUCAUGGCAAUCUGUUGUCAUGGCGACUGGCGGGCGCGGCUUUUAUUCCCCCCCUCCUCCCCCAGCACUUUUCCUCGCUUCUUGUAACCCCCUGUCGGAAGAACAGUUGCACAGCGGGACAAGUUGUCACGUUAUCGAGGAACACAACAGUCGUAAAACUAGGUGCUACUUCCUCUUCUCUGUGGUGCUAUGUAUUGUUUUGUUUUUCAAAUUUUUUUUACUGUUAAUAAAAAAAUGAUUCACUGACAUUUUUUGUCCGACUGUUAGCGCGUCUCCCUGCCACUUACCUUUCCCUAUGACAGGGGGCGCCAUGCUGUGCCUGAGCGGGAAAUAUUUUACUGCAUGCCAAUCCAUCAUAUUCACUCAUAGAACAGAUUGUUGUUUUAUUUCGUUGUUGUUAUUUGCUGUCAUGUAUUUUUGUUUUCAGUGUUUACGUCGGAUGUCUUUCUUUUCACGGCCCACACAGAAAUCCACACUUGUCAAAGGACUGAGUGAGCACUGCAGAUUGUAGGAGGAAAUCAGAUCAGUCCUGCCACACCUUACUAGUGCAAUGCUAAUAUGCUAAAGUCGCUAUAACGGUAGCCAUAGUCCGAAUGUCAGCUGAAAGUGGCCAUCAUUGCUGAUGCAGGAAAGGGAGUGUUCCCUGACUAGCUGCCACGCCCAGCCCAGCUUGCUGGCUACAAGUGCCCCUUUACUCUUUAGACCUCUCUCUGUCCUUGUGCUUGUUGGUGGAGGGGUGUUCCAGUCUUCCGGGUGUCAGUGGAAAGGGGUGCGGUGGGGGUGCUAAAUCACCCUCCCUCUCCCUUAAGAAUUCCAAAGCUUUUUGCCAAGGAGGAGAGCCUUAGUCGAUGUACCUGAUGAUCCUCCAGUCUCCUGCCAAAGUCCUUUCUUUCUUCUUAUCCUUCCUUUCCUUUCAUCUUCAGAGACUUGAAGGCCACAGUCACUUAAUUUAAAGACCUAAUGUUCAUAUAUGGAGGACUGUCGCUGGUUGCCUUUUUAUGCCGUACGAGUGUGCAGGUCCCCACCCCCCUUUUUAUGGAGAGUAGGAGCAGGUAUCUCAUCACACUGCACAUUAAGAGGAGCCACUUGAGAGUAAUAAAUAUUAUUAAUUUUAUUUUAUAUUGUAUUGUUUAAAUUUUUUCCUCUGGCUUACUGAAUGGGGAUGGAGAAAGACAAAAUCAAGCUUAUGUAGAGCGCUUGGGUUCAAGUUAAUCCGCUAUGAUCCAGCUCUCUAUUUGCCACUAGUCAAUGCGCAUUGUACAAACCACAAUCUAGCUUGUCACCACUGCAUCGCCUGCUAUGAUGCCCUUACUUCUCUAUCGUUUUUUUUGUAUUUUUUUAUUGACUUGAAUGACUUUAAAACCACAGACAUAGUAUCGGAAUAUCACCUUAAACAUUUGCUCUCGAUUCACAAAAAGCAAUAAAACUAAUUUCUGUAAAUGUUUUAAAACCAGCAGCCAUGCUGCCAAUUAAGAUUUCUUUUCUUUUCUUCUUUUUUUAUUUUUAUUUUGUCUUUCUCCCUUUUUUUGGAAAUAUAAUGUGCAUUCUUUUUCCAAGUUUUUUUUUUCUCCUUGUCAAACCUGUGUAAGAAAGGAUAGAUGAUAUAUUGGUUUUUAUGUCAAUAAAUUCAAGUUUACUGUGGCCACACACUCUUGUAUGUCUUUUGAAGCAUUAAAACGUAUCUGUAUGCAUGAGUUGAAGUUCUUCCUCUCCUUGUUAUACAUUCAGAUGACUUGAUCUCCAGCCCACAAUUUUAUUCCGAAACAUUAUCUAUUUCAAGAGUGCCUCUUUGAUAAAGCAAGCUGUCAUGCAUUGUGAAUUGGGGAGAGAGCAGUGAUCAUGUAACUCUCUACCUAAGCCAUUGUUUUUUGUAGUAUAUUUAUUGUAUUAUUUAAAAAAAUAAAUGUAAAUGGACACCA